CGCAAGCCGGUGAAUGGCUCCUGUGUGGUGAAGGGGGAGAGCCGAACGGGCGGAGAGGGCGGGCGGCGGCGGCGUCUCCCCUCCCCAGCCGAGGGCCAUGGAUCCCAACAGGAUCAUCCAGGCCCUGAAAGGCACCAUCGACCCCAAGUUGCGCCUGGCGGCCGAGAAUGAGCUCAACCAGUCCUACAAGAUCAUCAACUUUGCUCCGAGCCUGCUGCAAAUAAUAGUUUCUGAUCAAGUGGAGUUCCCAGUGCGACAAGCAGCUGCCAUUUAUCUGAAGAACAUGGUCACGCAGUACUGGCCGGAUCGGGAGCCGCCGCCCGGGGAAGUGGUAUUUCCAUUCAACAUCCAUGAAAACGACCGGCAGCAGAUUCGGGAUAAUAUUGUGGAAGGAAUAAUUCGUUCUCCAGACUUAGUGAGGGCCCAGCUGACAAUGUGCCUCCGUGCCAUCAUCAAGCAUGAUUUCCCCGGUCAUUGGACAGCCGUGGUAGACAAGAUAGGCUAUUACCUGCAGUCUCCCAACAGUGGGAGCUGGCUGGGAAGUCUGCUGUGCCUGUACCAGCUAGUGAAAACAUAUGAGUACAAAAAAGCCGAGGAACGAGAUCCCCUGAUUGCCGCUAUGCAGAUAUUCUUGCCUCGGAUUCAGCAGCAGAUGAUCCAGCUCCUUCCGGACAACUCCCAUUACUCUGUGCUCCUUCAAAAGCAGAUCUUAAAAAUUUUCUAUGCACUUGUCCAGUAUGCACUGCCCCUUCAGCUGGUGAAUAACCAAACCAUGACACAGUGGAUGGAGAUUUUCCGGACAGUGAUUGACAGAAACGUACCUGCUGAAACUCUGCAAAUCGACGAAGAUGACCGGCCAGAGUUGGUGUGGUGGAAAUGUAAGAAGUGGGCUUUGCGGAUCGUCGCUCGCCUUUUUGAAAGGUAUGGUAGUCCGGGGAAUGUAACAAAAGAAUAUUUUGAAUUUUCUGAGUUCUUCUUGAAAACCUAUGCUGUUGGAAUCCAACAGGUACUGCUCAAAAUCUUGGACCAGUACAGACAGAAAGAAUAUGUUGCGCCUCGUGUCCUGCAGCAGACAUUAAACUAUCUGAACCAAGGGGUCCAUCACUGUAUAACCUGGAAGCAGAUGAAACCACAUAUGCAGACUCUUUGUGAAGACGUCAUCUUCUCCCUGAUGUGUUACAAAGAUGAGGAUGAAGAGCUCUGGCAGGAGGACCCCUAUGAGUACAUUCGCAUGAAAUUUGAUGUGUUUGAGGAUUAUGCGUCCCCUACAACAGCGGCUCAGAUUCUUCUGUACACCGCAGCAAAAAAGCGAAAGGAGGUGUUACCCAAAAUGAUGGCCUUUUGCUAUCAGAUCCUCACCGAACCCAGCACUGACCCAAGGAAGAAAGACGGAGCAUUGCACGUGAUGGGAUCUCUAGCAGACAUUCUGCUAAAGAAGAGUAUAUUCAAGGAUCAAAUGGAGCUGAUGCUACAAAAUCAUGUCUUCCCGUUGUUCAUGUCCAACCUUGGGUAUUUAAGAGCCAGGUCUUGCUGGACCCUUCAUUCGUUCAGCACGUUGAAAUUCCACAAUGAGCUCAACUUGAGGAACGCCGUUGAGCUGGCGAAGAAGAGCCUGAUUGACGACAAAGAGAUGCCAGUCAAAGUCGAGGCUGCCAUAGCCCUGCAGUCGUUAAUAAGCCAUCAGGAUCAAGCAAAAGAAUACGUCAAGCCCUACAUCCGGCCAGUGAUGCAGGAGCUGCUGCUCGUCAUCCGGGAGACGGAGAACGAUGAUCUCACCAACGUCAUCCAGAAGCUAAUCUGUGAAUACAGCCAGGAAGUGGCAUCCAUUGCUGUUGAAAUGACGCAACACCUGGCAGAGAUAUUUGGCAGAGUUCUCCAGAGUGAAGAAUAUGAGGAAAUGGAGGAUAAAACUGUCAUGGCCAUGGGGAUCCUGCACACCAUCGACACCAUCCUGACGGUUGUGCAGGACCACAAAGAGAUAACGCAGCAGUUGGAGAGCAUUUGCUUGCAGAUCAUCGGCCUUGUCUUGCAGAAGCGCGUCAUAGAGUUCUACGAAGAAAUCCUCUCUCUGGCUUACAGUCUGACUUGCCAUGCGGUUUCGCCUCAAAUGUGGCAGCUUCUAGGUGUCUUAUAUGAAGUAUUUCAGCAGGAUUACUUUGAGUACUUUGCAGAUAUGAUGCCUCUUCUGCACAACUACAUCACUGUUGCCACGGAUACAUUACUGUCAAAUCCUAAAAAUUUAGAGAUAAUAUAUGCUAUGUGUAAAAAGGUUUUGACUGGGGAUGCUGGCGAAGACGCGGAGUGUCACGCUGCCAAGCUAUUGGAGGUCAUUGUUCUGCAGUGCAGAGGGAGGGGCAUUGACCAGUGUAUCCCGCUCUUUGUAGAAGCAGUCCUGGAGCGCUUAACACGAGGGGUUAAAACCAGUGAGCUCCGCACUAUGUGCCUCCAGGUUGCCAUAGCUGCCCUUUACUACAACCCUGAACUCCUUUUGCACACUCUAGAGAACAUCCGGUUUCCUCACAACCCUGAGCCCAUCACUGCACAGUUUAUAAACCAGUGGAUGAAUGACACAGACUGUUUUCUUGGGCUUCACGACAGGAAGAUGUGCAUCAUAGGACUGAGCAUCCUGGUGGGACUCCCCAGCCGCCCCCCUGCUGUCGAUGCAGUAGCAGCCCAGAUUGUCCCGUCGGUUCUGCUGCUGUUUCUGGGCCUCAAGCAAGUCUGUGCCACCCGGCAGCACACGGAGCAUGAAGAGCACACUAAGUCAGAAAAGAACGAUGCAGAGGAUAACGAAGAGAUACAAAGUGAUGAAGAGGAGGUGAACGAGGUGAGCCAGGAAAUGCAGGAGAACCACGCUGGCGGCGGCGGCGAUGCAGGAGACGAAGAUGAUGAAGACGACGACUGGGAUGACGACGCGCUGGAAGAGACGGCUUUGGAAGGCUUCAGCACCCCUAUUGAUCUGGAAGAGGGUUUGGACGAAUACCAGUUCUUCGCACAAGCGCUCUUAACGGUACAGAGCCGAGACGCAGCCUGGUACCACUUGCUGACAGCUCCACUCAGCAACGAUCAGAAGACGCAGUUGCAGGAAAUCUGUGCGUUAGCCGAACACCGGAGGACUUCCUCAGAAUCAAAGAGGAUAGAACAGCAGACGGGCUACACAUUUGAGAACAAAGGACUGGUCUCUUCAUUUAACUUUGUUCCGGGCAGCAACUGAAGUGGGUGGAAAAAGCCGAAAAGACACUUUGCAGAAUAGUUCAAUAUUGCAUUUUGUUAUAAAGCGUUUGUGACAUGAAUGGGCAGGGAAGGUAAUUGGAUGCUGUGGAAAAUUUCCCCUUUGGGAAAGGCAGUGGUUGACCCCCCCCCCCUCCCCCUCAUUAGGACACUCUUUUUAACCAGCUACUGUAAUGUAUAAAUUCUUGUGGUAUUUUUAUAAGUUGUUGGGCUGAAAAGGAAGUAUCUGCCCGCGCUCAUCCUACUAAAGGAAUGGGGAAUCAGUUGUGUGAAAUUGGAUAGCGUUGUGCUUCUCAGGUUUCUGUGAAUGUGAAAUGGAAGGGGUCCUCUGCAUUAACUGUGCCUUCUCUUAUAUACGGAUAGCCUGAACAAAAGAAUUUUGGAGUGCGUUGUAUUUCUUCUUUCUUUUAGAGGAUGGACAUUUCCAGGCACAAUUCAGACCUUGCUUUCCACGUUCUUCCAGGACCUCCCUCUGAUGAUGACUGUGUAGGUGUCUAUCAUCAGUUGCGAGCAUCACAUUGUUAACUACAAAAUCUUCUCUCCAUGUGUGUGUUGAGUGUAAUUUCCAUAUUAUCAAGCAUGGCCCUUGCGUUCAUUGCUCUUUCCAGUGAACACACAAAUAAGGAAUCCUUAUCUUUCCCACUCAGUAUUGACCAUGCCUUCAAAGUCCUUUAAUGCAGUGGGUUUCCAUGUGCCUCCCGUGGAACCAGUCAUGUGUUGCAGCAGAUUCCAGAGUGUGCAUGCAAAGAAGCCGGGUCUGUUGAGUUUCACCAUUAUGUUUGCAAGCUCAGAGUAUGUUUUAAUAUUAUACCCUGAUGGCUGCACAUUGUACGAGAAGAUCAGAAGUUGUGGGUUAUCUGUCUGCUGGCUGAAUCCAUGCCUGGUGUAUGUCUGACUUUCUCCUUGAGGAACUCGGAGGGCUCCUUAGAAGACAACUUAAAAAAAAAACACUGCGCUAAUGUCAAUUGAGAGGCUUCCAAAACAGGUUUGUAGAAGUUGUAAUUUUUGCUUCCGGUCAAGCAGAUUCAGAUCUACAGAUACUAUCAAUGCUGAUACAGGGUUUUUUUGGGUUUUUUUGGCUAUGCCAGUAAUCAAAUCACGGGCUUUUAAAGUAAUUGUCAACUUCAUAUUUUCUCAUGUUUGGACAGAAAGCCAUUCUACAUUAGGAUCCUGUGAAGCUCUGUCAUUUGUGUUGCACUGCUAUCAUAUUGUCUGCCGUCUUAAUGGUGAAAAACAUAGGCUUUAAAUCAUUGGUGACUAACUCCGAUAGGAACCCCUCGAUGCAGAGUGGUAAGCUGUAGUACUGCAGUCAAAACUGAGUUUGAUCCUGACAGAAGCUGGUUUCAGACAGCCAGCAAGGUUGACUCGACCUUCCAUCUUUCUGAGGUUGGUAAAAUGAGUACCCAAAUUUAUGCCUAAUAAAGGUUUACUGUACUGUACCCAGCUUGCUGGGGGUAAAGCGGAAACGACUGGGGAAGACAAUGGCAAACUACUCCAUCAAUGUAGUCUGCCUAGAAAACAUUGUGAUGCUAAUGGCCAGGUGCUUGCACAGGGAGCUAUCUUUACCUUUCUACCUAGCUCCAACAUCCAGCAACUGAGUGAUAACAGUACAUUAGAAAUGGGCUAGAUUAAAAGGGCUUAAGGGGUGGGGCUGUAAUGAUGGGGAGGCGGUCAAAGAUGCCGGUUGAUGGAGUUCCUCGACCACCAGUCGCCUGUCUCCGGUUAUCUGUCACACAUCCUAAUCCCAGAUGCUCUUCUGUUUCUCCAAUAGUCCGUCUUAAUGAAGCAUACGAUUUGAGACUCAUCAGUUUCCCAGACACAUUCUGAAGGUUGCAUUUCAUGAGAUAUUUUGUAUUCAUGUAUGGCUGCUUAUAGAAAAUACAGGAACACUGUGUCGGC